AUGGAAACCCGAUUCAGAUCUUUCGACCACCGUAAAACAACUCCGGCAAUUCGCAUUGAAUCACUUCCGUCACACUUUCUCGAAUACCCCCCGGCAACAAAAAUUUCCAUCAACUCUCACCCUGCUACAACAAAGACAACACUUCCAUCACGCAAUACCAUGGCAAGAAGAUACACAAGUUCAGAGAAGGAGAAAUGGAUCACAUGCACAAAUAAAUCCAUAAGACGGUCCCCUGUCCGCAUCUCCAAAAGUGACGUCUCUGCUCGCAUCGAGGAAAACAGACUUACCCUCAUCGGUCGGCACUGCUUCUCCUGCUGCUCUCUCCAACACGAGCUAAGGGAUUGCCUCUCGAGAGCUCCACAAAAAGAUUUGGAAAACAUGGGGAUAAACCAACAAAAAAUUCUCAUCAAUAUUGAAACCGACAAGAAGAGAAAAGAAGUGUUGAGGGCAAAUAGAGAGCAAAGGCCGAAUCCUGAUAGGAGUAUUGUCCCUCGGUAUCCAUCCUGCACUUCCCCUGACCGUUACCGCUCACCACCCAUAUGGGAAAAAAGACAGGAACCAAGAGAAAGCUCCCGCAGAAUUGCUUCCCCAAACGCCCAAGGAUACGAAGGGCGCCAAUCAUCUCAACGGUCAAACAAAACAUUAUCACCAAGUCCCCUAGAAAGUGAGGCACAAGUCAAUAGGAAAAACUCUCACCGUAUCCAAAGCUCCCAUACACCGCCCCCAAAUCCUGCCACGAAGACAAUCCACUCAAGAUCUCGGGGCACUGCCCUAGACAGAAUAGCUCCGCCAGUCAUAAACACCAAUUCUAACAAUGCCUCAAAGCAUCUACAAGAGGUGGAGAUAAUGUACGAAGGAGGUAAUACUCAAGUUCCAUUCCAGGAAGAACACCACUCUACUCUGGGUAUGGAGACUCGAACAUCAGUAUCACUCAGGCUUGGCCCUUCUCCUCCAGAGGCACAAAAACAAAAGCACAAGAACCCGAGAAAGCCCACUCUAGCAAUAACAUCAAGAGCUGCAGGAAAACGGAAAGUUAAACCGACUCUAAAGAAACGGGGUUCCAGCAAUUCACCCAAAGUAACAAAAACAAAGAAGAGAGUAACUACCAGAGGGCCAAAUCCACCAAAGAAACGCUUCCGAUCAGGGUGGAGGCUUGACACUCUUAUGGAAGCCAGAAGUGAACCUGGAAGUGCUGGUCUCCUCGCCAAACUACAUUGA